UGCUGUGUCAGUGUGUGAGUGAAAGCGAAUAACCCCUCAAACAAGCGCGAAAGCAACUACGAUGGCCGAUUCCGCAGCGACCGAAGUCCCGGCUGCAGCAGCUGCUGCCCCAGCCUCCACGGCCAAGUCACCGAAGAAGCCAAAGGCGGCCGCCGGCCCCAAGAAGCCCAAGCAGCCAGCGGCACAUCCUCCGGUCAACGAAAUGGUGCUGGCCGCCGUCAAGGCACUCAACGAACGCAACGGUUCCUCGCUGCAGGCGAUCAAGAAGUACGUGGCGGCCAACUACAAGGCUGACGUGACCAAGCUGGCCACCUUCUUCAAGAAGGCCCUCAAGACUGCCGUCGCCAACGGCAAGCUGGUCCAGACCAAGGGAACCGGUGCGUCGGGCUCGUUCAAGCUCUCGGCCGCAGCCAAGAAGCCAGCGGUAGAGAAGAAGAAGAAAGCAGCGGCCCCCAAGAAGUCGGCCUCUGCCGCGGACAAGAAGAAGAAGACCGCAGCCAAGAAGCCCGCCGGAGAGAAGAAGGCCGCCGCCAAGAAGACCACCAAGAAGGCUGACGGUGCCGCCGCCAAGAAACCGAAGGCCGCCGCAGCUAAGAAACCCAAGGCCGCCGACGGAGCGAAGAAAGCCGCCAAGAAACCGGCAGCCCCGAAGCAGAAAUCCACCAAGCCAACCAAGGCCGCGGCUGCCAAGCCGAAAGCACCGAAACCAAAGAAGGCAGCAGCUCCCGCCAAGAAGGCCGCCGCUCCCAAGAAAGCUGCCGCACCCAAGAAAGCCGCUGCCCCCAAAAAGGCAGCUGCAGCCAAGAAGUAAACCACCUACUACACGUUAUACUGCAUGCUUCUACAACAGCAUUGCAAUAACGCUCUCUUGGUUCCAAGCAACAGUCCUUUUCAGGACUACAAAUCGAAUCAUUCAAGAACUUCAUCAUUUCAUUCGAACACCUUCACGCAAUAGCAAUUACAUAGAUCGGCGGAUUACUCCUGCUCGCUCGAAUACUGCAUGGCUUGUUCAGCUGGCAUGCCAUCAAGUUUGUUGUCGUUUCUCUUUCUCUCGUUUUAGAUUACAU